AGGAGGAUCGAGGUACAGACGGUGAGGACAGGAGAGGGAGACAAGAGGCAGAAGGCAAGAAAAAGAGAGAGAGGGAAAGAGAGGGUUCCGGAAUUGGAGGGAAGAAAGAGAGAGCGAGCCAGAAAGGGAGGGAGGGAGAAAGGCGGUGAGAGGCGGGGGCCUCGAGAGGGUGGAAGGAGGGAAGAGAAGGGCGGGGCACGGAGGCCCGAUCAAGGGACCGGACUCAAAUCUGACUUCUGCCGCUCUCGGAUUCAGGCAUCUCACCUGCCCCUGUGCCAACAACCUCUUGAAGUGACUGUCGUCUCCCGACAUCCCGCCCCAGGCUUCCAACACAGCCAUGUCACUCCUCCUGCUGGUGGUCUCUGCCCUCCACAUCCUCAUUCUCAUUCUGCUUUUCGUGGCCACUUUGGACAAGUCCUGGUGGACUCUCCCCGGCAAGGAGUCCCUGAAUCUCUGGAAUGACUGCGAAUGGAACAGUGACAACAAAACAUGGGACUGCAGUAGCGUCAGUGAGAAUGGCUGGCUGAAGGCAGUGCAAGUCCUCAUGGUGCUUUCGCUCAUCCUCUGCUGUCUGUCCUUCAUCCUGUUCAUGUUCCAGCUCUACACCAUGCGGCGAGGAGGGCUAUUCUAUGCCACUGGCUUCUGCCAGCUUUGCACCAGCGUGGCGGUGUUUACCGGGGCGCUGAUCUACGCCAUUCAUGCCGAAGAGAUCCUGGCGGCCCGCCCGUCGGGUGGCAGCUUUGGUUACUGCUUCGCCCUGGCCUGGGUGGCGUUCCCCCUCGCCCUGGCCAGCGGCAUCAUCUACAUCCACUUACGGAAGCGGGAGUGAGGGUGGCGCCUCCCCUUGGUUCCCCAGCCGACUCCCGGCCCCUCCAUCUCACCCCCAAAACCCCACCCCGCCUCCUUUUCUAUUUGAAACAGAAAAUAAAACUGUUU